CGCUUCUCCAACGACCAGACCAUCGAGUUGGAGAAGAAGUUCGAGACGCAGAAAUACCUCUCCCCGCCGGAGAGGAAGCGUCUGGCCAAGAUGCUGCAGCUCAGCGAGAGGCAGGUCAAAACCUGGUUUCAGAAUCGCAGAGCCAAAUGGAGGCGUCUAAAGCAGGAGAACCCCCAGGCCACCAAAAAAGAAGAAGUAGAAGGUGCUGACAGUCACAGUGAGCAAAGGCCGGAGAGCUGCCAGAGCCCUGAGCAGAAGGGUAAGGAGGUGUCUCUGGAUGGCUCACAGUACACCCCCUCACCAGCCUCACAGGAGGACCUGGAGUCAGAUGUCUCUGAGGACUCUGAUCAAGAAGUGGACAUUGAAGGCGAUAAAGGCUAUUACACUGCUGCCCACUAACAGUCCCAUGCAGAGAGCGGACCUAACUCGGCUUGCACUUUACCAGGGGCUGGUUUGAAAGAAUAUUGUGCUACAGGAGAAAACUUUCACCGUUACAUUGAAAGAAAAAAGCAUCACCAAAUAGACUAAUUUUAUAACAAGCAAAGAAAGAAAGACGUAUUUUCUGCAAACAGUUCAGUUUUGCCAUCUCUAAUUUGGUUAAAGGACCAUGGUUUGUAUUUAAUUAUUUGUAAGAUAUGUUUGUACAAUUGUCAGUGUUCUAACUGGAAUAUUAUCCUGCACCCUGUCCUUACUCAUGGUGGUGGAGAGGGUCUGAAUCAGCUGCUGUCGGUGAUCAGGCAAAACUCUAACUAGUAUGGAAGUGAGUAUGGAUUGCAGGACUAAGCCCUUUAUAUGUGUAAACAAACGUACUUUAAAUAGAUUAAUAUAAACGCCCUUUGUAAGCAGAGAAACAUGUUCUGUGAAAUAGGGAGGGAUUUGACCAUCCCGAGAAGUGCCUUAUACUCACACCCUUUUAUGUGCUCUCUACUGAGACAUGCUUCCUUCGUCAGGUAGAGUUGUCAGACAGAUUCCUUUUUCUUCUUGUGUGAGAUGAAAUGUGCCUUCUCAGAUUUUCGAGAAUUUUGCCUCACAGUUUGGAUGGUUCAAUUUGCAGAAAAAAAAUAUUUUUCUCCUUCAAAAUCUCUAGCACUGUUUUUUAUGGAUUUCAUAUUUGAGAAGAAAAUGCAGGGAGUAAUAGGGCCCUGCUGCAGGACAGAAACUGGCAUCAGCUGCAGGGCAUAAGUGAAGCACAUGGCCUUGGGAAGAUAAUGCCUAUCGUACACGUACGUAUCUGCUUCUGUACAUACUAGUUUUCUUUAAAAAUCUUGUGGUUUUAUACCUCACAUUGUUCAUAUUUUGUACAUAUUUGUUCAGUGUUUUAAAAAAAAAGGCAAAACCUGGUAUUUAAUUUUUGAUGGACAUAUCUGUGAAAUAAACCUAAACUCUGCAACACUC